AUCUAUUCCCCAGUUUCCUUUCUCACCAGAAAAACGCGCCAUUCUCACGACUUUUUCAUUCACACCAAGUACUUUCGACUGAAUGGUUUUGUACAAUAAAAAUUCACUCUAAAGAGAGAAGAAAAAGUUUUUAAUUAGUUGUUUGAAAGUUUUUUUUGUGCAACAAUUUUGCAAAAAAAAAUGUUGCUAAUGUGGAGGAUUUUUCUGCUACUUUUUAAUGUUUUAGUGUUUUGUGUGGCGAAAGGUGUUGCGGAAAAGUGGGAGGACAUUGCCAUAAUAUGCCCAAAUCAGUGUGUUUGUCAAUAUGAACCAUUUUUGGAUUUAUCAAUUGCCCGUUGGAUACUUGGAGCAUCCAAAGUGGUACAAAAUGAGAAUGAAGAGCAGGAGAUUGUUGAAAAUGAGGUGGCUCUGGAGAGUGAAGCGCAUGCCGUGGGAAAUCCAUACAUGAAGAGCGUCACGUGCAUAAUUCAGGCGGAAAUGGAUACGAGGAGUCUACUGGGCUCCCUACCGCAAGACCUACAUGCGCUAACACUCCUCUCAUCGGGUGCUACACACAGAGUAAUCAUCUACACUGAGGAUCUAUCGCCACUCUCGGAACUGACCACACUCGAAAUUCGAGGCUCCCACGAUAAGAACAUAACUCUGCUCAUUGAUAAGCCUCUGCCGGGCUUGCUGUACGCCAACUUUGAGUCCAUUCAACUUGAGGGCAAUGAGAAGACCAUGCGUCGUAGUGAUGCUGUAGAUCCAUCUGAGAAUUUCAACUAUGUCCCCGAAAGUGAGCGUGUUGAGUACAACAUAUCGCUUGAGAUUGAGGAGGAAGUUGAGAUUGUGCCAUACGAAGUGUACGUGAUGGAGCAACAACGAUCACGCACUGCCACAUUCUACGGCUGGGAAUCCCUUGAGAUCCUCAUGAUGCACAACUGUGAAAUGGACGAGCUCCACUGGGAGGUAUUUGAUGGGCUCACGAAGCUCCAGCAUCUCUCCCUUGAGCACAAUGACAUCAAAAUCAUCCCGGCAUUUGCCUUCUACGGCACCCCCAAUCUCCUAACGCUCUCUCUGGCACACAAUAAAAUCCUCAAUAUGAACUAUCGCGAUCUGGCGGGAUUGCUACACCUCCGUACGUUGGAUUUGAGCUACAACAGCCUCACGAAGCUCAGUGAGCUCACCUUCCCACCCUUCCCGGAAAUCCACACUGUGGACAUUCGCGAGAAUCCCAUCAAGUACAUCUUUGAGAGCACUUUUGGCGUUAUGAAUGCCAGCCGGGAGAUCUUCUUGGGUUCCCACGCAACCCCAAUUGAUCUCUCAACUGGAAGUGUCUUUGACAACCUCCCCUUCCUCAAAUCCCUCACAAUUCUCAAUGCUACUGCAAGUUCUCUCGUUCAGGGAAUUUUCCGACGCCUCCCCAGCUUGACAAUGCUCAAAGUGCAUGGGAAUCUCAGUCGAAUUGAAUUUGAUGCCUUCAGUGGGAUGCCAAGGGUUGAAGAAGUCAUCCUCAAUCGCUGUGGGAUCACAGAGAUCUCCAUGGAUGCCUUCUUCGGGACAGAAAGCAUCCAAAUGAUUGAUCUCUCCCGGAAUCGCAUCACCUUUCUGCCACCGAAUCUCUUCACGCAGCAAAAGAAUUUACGAGAAAUCUAUCUGAAUGACAAUCUCCUGACCAAGCUCCCGCAUACCUUUUUUGACAAUCUCCCCGCAAAAGUUGUCCGCUUGACUGAAAACCCCUGGAUUUGUACGUGUGACAUGACAUUCUGGAAGCAGGGAGUGACCAAUAAAUUCCGCAAGCCGGGAAAAGUUCAAAAAUGCUCAGCAGAAGCCAUCAAGUACGGCGGCAUCACGUGCCAGGAAGCAUCAACCUACUCCUAUGGGUAUGACAAUAAACUCUCACCACGAUGCGAUGGAGGACCUGAUCAUGUUAAGCAUCGUACUGUCUACUAUGCCCUCCGACGGGAACUCAAAUGCCCGCGAAAGAGAUCAAUUGUUGAGACCAAAACCGCCGUGUCAGGCAAGGUGCUCUCACCGAAGGAGACAGAAUAUCAAAUGAUGCUUAAACGAUUGGAUGGGAAACAAAUGGUUGGGGCAUCAUCGCGUGAACACGAAAGACUGUUGAAGAUGAAGAAGGAGCGACUUCGUAUGAAUAGAAUGAAAUUUAGUAAGAACAUUGUGGUGGAUCCAAAGAAAAUUUUCACCUCCAAUUCAAUGUCAAAUGAUAUCUAAAUCAUUAAACUUUUCUCAUUGUUUUUUUUUGUGGACAAAAUAAAGUUUUUAAAGAAUUUAAUAAAAUUACUCAUGAGCCCCUUUUGGUGAGCAACGAAAGUCUAAAGUUCAGGAGAGAUUAGGAAUGUGUUGCAAUGACUUGCUGUCUGGGUGUUAAAUCCUCAGAGAUUCCACAAGUCUUGAGAAUGCAGAGAUAAGAAAAAAACU